ACGAUACGUAAAACAAAACGGGAACAGACGGGCAGCUCGCAGCGGAAAAUAAGACAAAAAUUCGUAAAAAUACGGCCAAAGCAGAGCCAGAGCAGAUUCGAUUCGACCCGGCUGACGUGCAGCGUCAAGUGUUUCCUACAGACUGAUUCCAUCGCUUGUACGGACCACCAAACCAUCUGCGACCUACAUCUGAGAGACAGCCAGCAUCAGCGUCAGCCCUUUCCAUGGACGACGAACUGGAAGAUAAGGUGUUCUAUCAGACAUACGUUUCCCACAUGAAAAUCCUAUCGAAAUUCGCGGUGGGCUUCUCCUCCAUAAAUUCCCCACUGGCCUACAUAUGGAAGCUGUGCCGCCUUUAUGUCCUACGGCCGGAGGUAGUUUUCUGCGGCCUCAUUCUGUUCGUCUUGUUGAUAUAUUUGCAAGCGGUAGAUGUGUGGGGUCGCAGCAUUCUGGGGCGCAUCCAGGCCUCAUUGGGUCGCCAGAAGACUGCGAAAAUGAUGGAGAUGUCAGCCAUGGCCGGGGACCACCAGAGCUGGGAGGAAGUCAAGCAGCAAAGCUCAGCCUUCGCUGUACUCGGACGUAGACCACGCAUGGAGGAUAGAUUCAUUCUUGAGGAGAACAUCAACAACAACACAGGCGUCUCCUUCUUUGCGGUCUUUGAUGGCCAUGGUGGAGAGUUUGCCGCUGAUUUUGCCCGGGAUGUGCUUGUGAAGAACAUCUACAACAAGAUAAUUGAAAUGUCCAAGCUGCUGAAGACCGAGUCUGCCGGCGGAGCCGGCGACUAUGACAAGAGCCCCUACCUAGCACGCAAGCAGAGUGGCCGCAAGGAUACCGCCAACAAGGAGAACACAGAGCCCGGCGCUGCGUCCUCCGUUUCACGGCGAGACAGUUUGCGCAAGGCUCACAGCACCACGGCCGAUUGCAGUGCCAUAAAGCAGAAGACAACGGAGGCAUCCAUUGCCGACAUUUACACGGCCCAGCUGAAUGUGGCGAUGAGGGCCAGCGGCAAUGCGGCGGCCAUGGGCUCUUCGUUUCUCAACAACAACAAUAAUGCACAGAAUGGCGGCACAAACGCACCACCGCCCGAUCUCGAGGCCAAGUGCUACAUCGAGAAUGGACGCAUUAACUUUGGGAAGCUGAUCACAGACGAGAUCCUGUCCGCUGACUACAAGCUGGUGGAAAAGGCCAAGCAGACGACGAACAUUGCAGGCACCACAGCCUUGAUUGCCAUUGUUCAUGGGACCAAGUUAAUUGUUGCCAAUGUGGGUGACUCCCGGGGCGUCAUGUACGAUUCGCGUGGCAUCGCCAUACCGCUGUCCUUUGACCACAAGCCCCAGCAGGUGCGUGAGCGUAAGCGGAUACAUGAUGCUGGUGGAUUUAUUGCUUUCCGGGGGGUUUGGCGCGUGGCUGGAGUGCUGGCCACAUCGCGUGCAAUGGGAGAUUAUCCGCUGAAAGAUAAGAACCUAGUAAUUGCCACGCCUGACAUACUGACCUUUGAGUUGAACGAUCACAAGCCCCACUUUCUGAUACUUGCCUCUGAUGGGCUCUGGGACAUAUUCAGCAAUGAGGAGGCUUGCGUCUUUAUACAGGAGCAUCUUAAGGAGCCGGACUACGGCGCCAAAGCCAUCACAAUGGAGUCGUACAAGCGCGGCUCUGUGGACAACAUAACCGUCGUGGUGAUUGUCUUUAGGAAUGAUGUCUAUAAAAUUGGUGGUUCAUCAGCGGGCAAGCUAGCAGACGCUCCUGCAGCUGCUGCUGCUGCACCAUCGUUGGCCAAAUCCCCCUCCGUCGCUGCUGUGCAACGCUCGAAUUCAAUCAAAACCAAAUGAGGAGUGCCCCAGAGUGCCUGCUUUAAAGGAAUAUUUAGCUUUCCCCCAGCCUGGCCACCCGUCCCUUAUCUAGUUAGGCGAGAUGUAAAACUCUUCGUUAAAUGUUAAAUGAAUCCAAAGGCAAGCACCCCACAUACACCACAGACACAAGCAUCACAUACGUUUGAGGUUCCUUUGGGAAUCCCAUUUAUUGUUGUCCCAUUACCUCAUGCCCCUACACUUUGUUUCCUACCACACACACACACACACGGUACACCACCCAUCUUCGGACGUAAUUAUUUAUUUAAAUUAUUUGUUAUACGAUAAUUGUAAAAAUAGAAACAUUUUCUAAAAGGUGUUUACAAUAAAGAAAGCAUUGCAAAAUGCAGAAAAAUCUUA